AUGACAGCGCAUAUCCCGUACCUGCCCGCAGAAAUCCAUCGCAUUAUUGCGGAAUACGUCCAUCGCGAAGAUCUGCCAAGCUACCGGCUCGUCAACAGACAACUGUGCGACAUGGCCACCGAGGAAUUAUUCAGCACAAUCGUUUUCCACUACAGUACUGCGAGCAUUGAUCGCCUGAAAAGGCUCGGUUGGAAUGCACGUCUUCGAGGACAGGUGAAGAACAUCUUCUGGGACGUCAACCAGUGGAGCGUAGGUAAUGUGCGCGACUUUCACGAAUGGGAGCAGUACUUCACACAGAUAGCACAGCUUGAUCGGUGGCGCAACGCCAACUACGACUCAUCAGGAUACACUCAGCUAUCGCAGAACCGACGAGAAUGGGAAGCGUACCUUGAUCGAGUUGCGGACGAGAGAAAGGCAAGAGUGGAUCGGGACAGCCUGCAAGUAUUGGAGCGCUUCUACAACCUACAUUCAAUCCACAUCGUCAACGGCGACCUCUUUUUGGCCCACCGUGGUCUUCAAAAGGUUGCGGAAGAUUGUCCGAACGCUUCAUUUGGACCAGUCGUAUUCCGUAGAGGAUUCGAAACCUACAGCCUUCGCAAUAUGCCUGGAAUUGAGACUCUCCUGAUCCCAGAGGAAUAUUGCAAAUCCUCUCUGAAAGAGCUCACGCUGAAUACAGUACACUUCAAGUGUUUUGCGCCAUUGACAUCGAGUAAUUUCGACAACUUAUCAAGUUUGGAUAUCACGAUCUUCCCGCGGACAUUCCGCGACCGCUACCUUGACACGCAAUGGGAGGUUUUUGGCGUCUUCAACACGGCUUGA